AUGUUGGACUGGAAGAAAUUCGUUGAGGAAUUAAAGUUGUUCUGUGAGAAGGUGACCAUCAGAGGCGUGUCGAACAUUGUGAAGUCGAAACAAACCGUUAUCGCGGCUCUCUAUUCGCUGGCGGUUCUCACUUGUUCCGGCCUGUUGAUAUGGCAAAUCAGCAGCCUGAUAGAGAGCUACCUGAGUCACCCGUUCACCACAACCAUGACGGAACAAAACGUCGAUCCUGUCUUUCCGACGGUAACGGUUUGCCAUUUGAAUCCGAUUCUAAUGGCAGAGGAAAGAUUCACAAGUGUCCUCUCGUGGUCUCGUCAUUUGCAGAAUAUUCAAGACGCCAGAUUGAAACUCAACUACGAUGACCUGGCCAUUCUUUAUCCAACCAUAUCGAGGGCCGAGUUUGAGACGAUAGUGAAAGAUCUGAGGACGGCUGGUGGAUAUUUUGCAAACUUUCCGGUAAUGGAUUUAAAAUCGAUCGUCAACACGGAACUGAUCAUAGAUCAAAAUCUGGUGGACUGGGAUUGGAUAAAUUAUGAGCGGAACGCAUCUUCGGAGCCUCUCUGGGACUCGAACUACGCCAACUGCUUGAAGGUUACCUUGAAUAAUGAGGAUAGAAAACGCGUCAGAUCCAUGAGUUUGAUUUUUUAUCUGCACAACUUCCCAAAAGUUGUGUUACCCGGGUCCUACUAUCUCACCGCACUUACGUCCAAAGCUACGGGAGUUCGGAUAAAAAUUCAUUCCCCAAACACGAGAGGCGAUAUGAAGAGUGGAAUGAAUUUGAGACCAGGAACAGAAAGUACGUUCUACAUAAGAAUGGUCAACAGAUCUAGACUGCAUUAUCCGUACAACAAAGAGGAUUGCACAGAUGUCGACAACGAGACUCCAGGCGAGAGCGGAUACCUGUACAGUAGGGAGGCUUGCAUGGACUACUGCAUACAACAAAAAGUAGUUGACGCUUGCAAAUGUGUAUCCAUCGACCACUUACAUUCGGACACACAGUUGAAGCAAGCAAACUACAUAUCGUGCGGCAACAUGUCACACAUUAGCAGCAAUGAAAACGACAGACUGAGCAUUUACAACGGCCCAAAAAACUCACCGAUCCUCUACGCAAACACGACCUACUUUCUACCCGAGUUCAUGAAACUGUUGGCUUGUCAGCGCAAAACAUUGCAAACGAACACCACCUCGUGUUUGAACAAAUGUUUGGUCCCUUGCAACGAAGUUUAUUACGACUACCAAGGAUUGUUUGUUGACUGGCCUGACAUCACCAGACAUCUGCCCAUCUUCAGACGCUACAUAACAAACUCAACCACCAGACUGAGACAUAAACUUCUCUUCCCAGAGCACACCCUCCUGGACAGCCAUAAAACAAGUGGCACCAUGCCGGACGAGGAAAUCCUAAAAAAUUUGAGCGACCUGAAGCAGAUAGAAAAAAAUUUUCUCCAAUUGAACAUCGUUUUUGAAUCGGACAAGCCCUACUCCAUUCAAGAUAAGGAGAUGAUUACUUCGCAGACGAUGCUGUCGUCAAUUGGUGGCAGUUUGAGUCUCUGGCUCGGGAUUACUGUGAUGACCAUGGUGGAACUUUUAGAGUUCGUUUUCCAUAUCAUCGUCCUCACCUUCAGCGGAAGGAAAGUGAAAAUGAAAAAAAUCACAGUUGACGCGUUUCCAAAGAAAUUUUGA